GUGAUGGUUCAUCCAUCUGUGAUCUGAUCGACUGCAAGUGCAAGUGUGUGCAUGCAAGCCGAUCGAGCACACGCAGCUGGUCGAUCUCCACUGGGAUAUGGCAUGUGGCAGCCACCUCCAGUCCAGUCCAGCUGCUUGCUUUACUCCAAAGUCCAAAGUUCCCUAUUAGCUUGCAUCCACAAGGCAAGCAAUUGCAACAGAUGAACCAAGACAUGAAGACAAGACAACGCUCGUACUCAAUGAACACUGGUGAUCACGCAGCCUAUAUAUAUAUAUAUACACAUAACGGAGGCAGAAAUCGAUAUCUCAUCUCACUGAAGCACGCUCCAGCGGUAGAUCCAGAGCUAGAGAAGAAGACAGCAAUGGAGGUGGACGGGGGGAAGAAGAAGAUGCUGGCCACCCUGGUGGGGUGCAACUACGCCGGCACAGAGUACGAGCUGCAGGGCUGCAUCAACGACGUCCACGCCAUGCGCGCCGUCCUCCUCGACCGCUUCGGCUUCGCGCCGGCCAACGUCACCGUGCUCACCGACGACCACGACGACAGCGGCGGCGGCACGAUCCCGACCGGCGCCGGUGUCAGGCGCGCGCUGUCCGACAUGGUGGCGCGCGCGGCGCCCGGGGACGUGCUCUUCUUCCACUUCAGCGGCCACGGCACGCUCGUCCCGCCGGUCGUCACCGGCAGCGGCCAUGGUGACCGCGACGACGAGGCCAUCGUGCCCUGCGACUUCAACCUCAUCACAGACGUGGACUUCCGGGAGCUGGUGGAUCGCUUGCCGCGAGGCGCCACCUUCACCAUGGUGUCCGACUCGUGCCACAGCGGCGGCCUCAUCGACCAGGAGAAGGAGCAGAUCGGUCCGACCACCGCCGCCGCCGACUCCUACCUCCACGGCGGCGCGCGCGCCGCCCGGUUCCUCCCGUACGCCGCGGUGCUUGGCCACCUGUCGGGCGCGUCGGGGGUGGGCGCGUCGGCGUCGCACCACGUCGCCGACCACCUCGUGGCGCUCUUCGGCGCCGACGCCAGCGCCAAGUUCCGCUUCCACCGCCACCACGGCAACAGCAGCGGCGCCGCCGCGCGCACUGACGACGACGACGCCGGGAUCCUGCUGAGCGGGUGCCAGACGGACGAGACGUCGGCGGACGUCGCGGCGGCCGGCGGCGGCAGCGCGUGCGGGGCGUUCAGCGCCGCGCUGCAGGCCGUGCUGGCGGCACACCCGGCGCCGAUGAGCAACCGGGAGGUGGUGCUCCGCGCCAGGGAGGUGCUCGGCGAGCAGGGGUUCCAGCAGCACCCCUGCCUCUACUGCAGCGACGCCAACGCCGACGCGCCGUUCCUGGGGCAGCACGAGUCAAUGGCCAAGAGCAACUGAGCAAGGAGGCGGCUGCCAUGCCCACGCGCUCUCACGAUCACGAUUCAUCCCCUGCAAUUUGUGCGUGCGCUUAUUAUUAUUUAUAUUAGUAAAUAAAUAACUACGUGUAUGCAGCAUGGUCAUGCCAUUACAGAUUUCUCCUUAUAAUGUAUUGUCUACCUGCAAUUCUGCUAUAAAUAGCAUUUCUUCA